AUGGCUAUUGAGAUUGAGAUUGACAUUAAUGAUCAACCUUCUGUUGGGCUUUCAAGAAUUGCAGUUUCUAAGACUCAUGGAGAAGACUCUCCAUACUUUGAAGGAUGGAAAGCAUAUGAUGAAAAUCCUUAUGAUGAAGUAAAGAAUCCUUCAGGAGUGAUACAGAUGGGACUUGCUGAAAAUCAAGUUUCCUUUGAUUUAUUAGAAGAGUACUUGGAGCAACAUUCAGAAGCUUCUAAUGGGAUCUCCAGCUUUAGGGAGAAUGCUUUGUUUCAAGAUUAUCAUGGGCUCAAAACUUUCAGAAAGGCAAUGGCAAGUUUCAUGGAGCAGAUAAGAGGAGGAAGAGCUAAAUUUGAUCCUGAUAGAAUAGUUCUCACAGCAGGAGCAACCGCGGCUAAUGAACUCUUAACUUUCAUCUUAGCAAACCCUGGUGAUGCUUUGCUUGUUCCAACUCCAUACUAUCCAGGAUUCGACAGAGAUCUUAGAUGGAGAACUGGUGUCAAGAUUGUACCAGUUCACUGCAAUAGCUCCAACAAUUUUCAAGUUACUCCCCAAGCUUUAGAAGAAGCAUACAAUAAAGCACAAGCUAUGAACAUUAAGGUCAGAGGGGUUUUGAUAACAAACCCAUCAAACCCAUUAGGUGCCAGCAUUCAAAGAUCAGUCCUUGAAGAAAUUCUCAAAUUCGUCACCAGUAAAAACAUCCAUCUUGUAUCAGAUGAAAUCUAUUCGGGUUCCGUCUUCUCCUCCUCUGAAUUCACAAGUAUUGCAGAAGUCCUUGAAGCUCAGAAAUACAGAAAUGCAGAGAGAGUUCAUAUUGUUUACAGUCUAUCUAAAGAUCUAGGCCUUCCUGGUUUUCGGGUUGGGACGAUAUAUUCGUAUAAUGAUCAUGUUGUGACUACUGCGAGAAGAAUGUCUAGUUUCAGCUUAGUUUCUUCUCAAACACAAAAUCUCUUGGCUUCAAUGCUUUCAGACACUAAAUUCACUAAGAAUUAUAUAAAGAUUAAUAGAGAGAGACUGAAGAAGAGAUAUGAAAUGAUCAUUGAAGGCCUUAGGAAAGCUGGCAUUGAGUGUUCGAAAGGGAAUGGAGGAUUGUUUUGUUGGAUGAAUUUGAGUCCAUUUUUGGAUAAGCCCACAAGAGAAGGUGAAUUGGCUCUGUGGAAUUCAAUAGUGCAUGAAGUGAAGCUGAACAUAUCACCAGGCUCUUCUUGCCAUUGUUCUGAACCUGGCUGGUUUAGAGUGUGUUUUGCCAACAUGAGUGAGAAAACACUAGAAGUUGCACUGAAGAGAAUAUAUGAUUUCAUGGAAACAAGAAGAUAGAACAAUG